GCAGCAUGACAAAAUCUCAGCCUGUUCCGUGGCUAGAUAAAAAUCUCACCACGGAGACAAACAAAGUGAGGAAAAAAAAAUCAACUACAAUAUGUACUGGACAAAAACACUCAGCAAUUUGGUCCUGACUGUGGACAGCAUUACUCAGAUCAUUGGUCUCCCUGCCAACCUGCUGGCUCUCUACACCUUCAUUCAGAAGAUAAAACAGCAAGCUAAGCCCCUUGACAUACUCUUGCUCAACCUCAACAUCUCGGACUUGCUCGUUCACAUCUUCCUCCCACUCCGCAUGAAAGAGGCGGCUGACAUGAAAUGGACCGUGAGCUACUUCCUGUGCCCUCUGAUGGAAUAUGUCAUAUACACCACCAUCUAUAACAGCACCUUGCUUUUAACAGCUAUCAGUGUGGAGCGCUAUCUGGGAGUGGCCUUUCCCAUUAAAUACAAACAAUAUCAUAAUUCCCGCAAUGCCGUGAUUGCUGUCGUCUUAUUCUGGGUGGUUACCAUGGCCCAUUGCAGCUUUGUCUACAUUGUGAAGCAGUACGAAUCGGAAUGCGUAUCUAAUGGCACGCACCAAGUGCCAGUGACUAGGGACUCUUGCUACAUGAUGUUUAAUGAUAAGCAGUUGGAGAUCAUUUUGCCUUUCCGGCUAGAGCUGUUCAUCGUUCUCUUCUGCAUCCCUUUUAUCAUCUGCAGCUUUUGCUACAUCAAGUUAAUUCUCAUCCUUUCCCGCUUACAUAACAUCAACUAUAAGAGGCGCCGCAGGGCCAUUGGGCUUGCUCUAGUCACCUUCCUGCUCUUCACAAUUUGCUUCAUGCCUUUCAAUGUGUCCCAUCUGGUGGGUUUUAUUGGAUGGCACAGUCCGAGUUGGAGCGUGUACACUUUGCUUCCCAUCACCUUCAACGCCUGUGUGGAUCCACUAAUCUUUUAUUUCUCCUCUUCCAUGCUCCGACAGACAUUUGCCAAGUUCGUAGCUGGACUCAUCAAGAGGCUUGAAGUGUUCUGCUUCUGGAGAUUGUUCAAAAGCUCUACAGUUAAGGAGAGAUUACAGAAUUCUCAGCAUUUCACAGUCUAGAAUUGCAGACAGGUUGUAGACAGGAUCGAUGAUGUGACUCUAUUCAUCAGCAUGCUUACGAGAAACCUCACAUCUGUAGAUGUCCUGCCUGGAGAGCAGAAAUUCUGAGCCUGCGGUGUGUGUUUGGACCCCUUUACCUUGAGUGUUCACUGAGAUCAAUGCAAACUUUCUUUAAAAGGACUAUUAGAGUUUAAACUUCCAACUUUCCCCAUGUUCAAGCAAUGUUCAAAGAUGGAUAUCAAGGCAAAUAUGGUAUAAUAUGGACCGUGACAUUUGUGUGCAUGGCUGUGCACAAUCACUGGCUGGGUUUCUAAGCCUUUCCCUUUUAAAUGAGCUUGGGUAGCGCUUCUCUUUGGUUCAAGAUGGAAACACAAUGGAAAUUCACAGAAUGCCAUGAAAAGCCAGUGCAUGAAGAAUAAUAUGAGAUUUUGCUGUGCAAUACUGUAGAAGACUUUACAAUUUUGACUUGGUAUAAUACCCUUUACCGCUUUUGUAUUUUGCAUGCUUGUAGCCGUAUACAUGCUUAAAUUUAAGUUGUUCAUUGUACAAAACAUAUUAUGAUUCUUCAGUAUUAAAAUGCUGAUAUCACAAAAAUAGAGGGCUUUACCACUGCUACAGCUUAUAUUGGAUGUACUUACUGUAUUACAGUCAUUUCUGUACCUAAGUUUAUCACUGGAGAUGAGGUACAUGCAAACUGAUGUGUUUAAUAGAAUAAAAGUAGCUUUCUUUUACCCUAAGUAAAACUGUUAACGAAACAACAACAACAAAUCAUUUCAAUCUCAAACUAAUGAUGGCAGAAUGCAUUAUGUAUAUUUCCCUGUUUUUUUUUUUUUCACUUUGCAUUCCUUCUCUAUUUGUCUAAAUGUAAUUAUGUCUAUGUAAUUAAACAUUAACAAACACUUUUAUUUAUAUAACAAUUAUUUUCAUUUGUUAUAUAAAAAUGAUUGUUUAACUUGUUUAGCCGUUGCUUGCCCAAUUUGAAUAACAGAUUUGUCUGGCACAAAAAUUAUGUCUAUAUCUAUAAAUUAACAUUGAUAUCAGGAGUGGAAAGUGAGGUGAAGCACAUAAAUGAAAUGUUUUCUUAUAUAUGACAUAAGUCUUACGGGCGUAUAAUUCUGCCCCACAUGACGGUAAAUAAAAAUAACUAAAUAAAUGUAACAUGUUUAGAAAAUCAAGGGAAACUAAACAGUUAUUAUAAAUGCUAUAUUUCAUGUUUCUUUGGUAUGUGGUUUGAAUUGGUCUGAUUAGAUAUAUACAAAAUAUUACAUACAAAUAGAUGAUGGUAAAAGGAAUGGUAAGAGAAUUUAAGCAAACAAAAUGCAAUACAAAUGUAAAAUAUGACAUAUUAGAAAUAAAAUGAAACGAUGUAUUA